AUGGCGGGCUUUAGCAGCUGGACGACAGUCGUUGCCAAUUUGCUGGUGCCUGUGGGCAUACUCACCUUCUCCUCAGGAUUCUUCCCUUAUAAACCGCUGAUCCCUGGAUUAGCGACUUUUGAUCAAACAGGCGAGAAUACCACAGCACCUGCGGUCUUUGAUAAAGUUAUCUUCAUGGUGGUCGAUGCGCUAAGGAGCGACUUUGUAUAUUCGAACGACUCGGGUUUCUUGUUUACGCAGAGCUUGAUCCGGUCCGGUGCUGCACUGCCAUUCACUGCCCAUGCGAGCGCUCCGACUGUUACAAUGCCUCGAUUAAAAGCCAUUACAACUGGUUCAGUCCCGUCUUUCCUGGAUGUUAUUCUCAACAUCGCAGAGUCAGAUACCACAUCAACACUGGCAUACCAAGACACCUGGUUGGCGCAAUUAAAGGCCACAGGAGGACGGCUUGUGAUGUAUGGGGACGACACCUGGCUCAAGCUCUUCCCGGGGAUGUUUGACCGAGCUGAUGGAACGACUAGCUUCUUCGUGUCGGACUUCACGGAAGUAGAUCAUAAUGUGACUCGACACGUUCCUAACGAGCUUGCCCAGGAUGACUGGUCUGCUUUCAUCAUGCAUUACCUGGGUCUGGAUCACAUAGGACAUAAGGCUGGCCCGAAAAGUCCUUUCAUGAUACCGAAACAGCAUGAGAUGGACUCUGUGGUGACUGAAAUCUAUACCGCAAUGCGGCAACAAGACCAUCUUCAAUCCACACUGUUCGUGUUGUGCGGAGAUCAUGGCAUGAAUGAGGCUGGAAACCACGGCGGGUCCUCUGCUGGGGAAACAUCCCCCGCGUUGCUUUUCAUGUCACCCAAAUUUGAAGCCUUAGGUGGCCGAAGAGAAAGCCCCAUGGAACCGUCAGACGAUAUGCAGUACUACCGGACGGUUGAGCAAGCGGACAUUGCUCCAACCUUGGCGGGGCUUCUUGGUAUCCCAAUUCCUUUAAACAGUCUUGGUGUAUUCAUUCCAGACUUUUUAGAAAUGUGGGAUCAUGGUUCUCAUAGACUUCAAAUCUUAUAUCAAAAUGCCGAGCAGCUGCUAAACACGUUGACAACUACAUUCCCUGUAGCUACGUUUGGCCCCGAUGGCACCACAUCCUGUGCUUCAGGAGUUCUAUCGGGUAUUGAGGAGGCUCAAUGUGCUUGGACUCGAGUCCAACAACUUCUCUCUACCAGGGAUGAAGGAGAUGAUUCCUACGCUACCGCUGGUCCCGCUUUGUUGCAGUUCUUAAGGAUUGCACAGGAGGUCAUGAGCCGUACUGCUAGUAACUACGAUGUCUCUAGACUCACCCUGGGCCUGUUGAUCACCGGGGUUGCAGGCCUUCUUGUACUUCCGGCCACCUACAAGGAAUGCACACGUCACGGAUCUUCCGGGAUGUUUUUGAUGCUCAUGAUCAUCACCUGUGGGAUGAUGAUGUUUGCGAGUAGCUAUGUGGAAGAAGAGCAACAGUUCUGGUAUUGGAUCUGCUCGGGAUGGAUGGUCUACCUGCAUAUCAAAUCGCAAUCGCAAUCGCAAUCGCAAUCAUCUGCAAAAACGACCUUACGCAACCGCUUUGGAUCAUUAAUAUAUUGGUCUGACAAAUGCAUCAUUCUUGUGCUCGCAAUCACCCAGCGGCUCUUGCGACGAUGGAACCAAACGGGACAGAAAUUCGCGGCCGAGCCUGAUAUUGCUCGCACCUUCUUUACGCGCCAUCCAGAAAUCUUCUGGGGUCUUCUUAUCCUCACGUACGUGGAUGCUGGUCGUCAUCUUCUCCGGAGUAUACCGAUCAUUAGAAUAUUGAAGCUCGGUGCCUUAGCCCCUGCCGUGUUGGCCUUUACGUUCAAAUUGCACUUUGUGACUUCGGAAUCCCCCGAACUCCUCGAUGGGACGUUCAUCUCGCAAAUCAUGAAGGAAUGGCCCUACAGUCUAUCGUUGGUUUUACAUGCCAGGCUUGUGUUUUGUGGACUUGCUCUCGUUGUCCUGCUGGCGCUCUUUGGGAAACGAUCAAGAGUUCCCCGAGGACAUGAUACAUUCCAUGAAGCUCUGCACAUCUUCUUAAUGACGCAGUCCCGUGCCACUAACGUCCCCUUGUUCCUGCUUUUCCGAAUUCAAUCCGGCAUUCUCUCUUCCAUGAACCUCACAGGGAUCGAAGUGACAAUCACAACCUUGAUCUUCCAAUAUAUGACAUUCUUCGCGUUUGGCGGCUCCAAUGCAAUCUCCUCUGUGGACCUUGCUAGUGGAUAUAACGGUAUUGACAGCUACAGCGUGGUGCUAGUGGGGGUUCUCACCUUUGCGAGCAACUGGGCAGGACCUAUUUGGUGGGCUUCACAGAGCCAUCGUCUCCGACCGAAGAAACCAGAACAAGACCCUUCGGCACUAUUGACCUUCCACGUUGCCAUGUCCUUGAUUUCGGUCAUGGCCGCCUGUACAGCCCUCCGGACGCAUCUCUUCAUCUGGACUGUUUUCUCCCCCAAAUAUCUCUACAGUAUGGCGUGGGCUACUGCCAAUCAUGUUGCUGUCAAUUUAUUGGGCGAGGUUAUUUUCUCUCGAUCUCGUUCAUAA